GGGUCCUUCCGGCCUGUGGGAAACCGUACAAGCGCUCUCCCGCAGAGAAACCUGCCGUCAUUACAGGACACGUUGCCGUUUAUUUAAUCCGCGGAGCGGGUCAGUUGUCAACAUGUCGAUGCUCGGGACCGUCGCGAAGCAGCUCAAGAACCAUCCAGCUCUGAUCCCCCUAUUCGUCUUCAUUGGUGGUGGGGCAGCCAUGAGCAUGCUGUACCUUGGCAGACUGGCGCUGAAGAAUCCUGAUGUUUCUUGGGAUCGCAAGAACAACCCCGAGCCUUGGAACAAAUUGGAGCCCAAUCACCAGUACAAGCUUUUUGCAAUAAACACGGACUACUCCAAGAUGAAGAAGGACAGGCCCGAUUUCUAAGGCCCUUUCUCAUACUGCUGUCUCCCAAACGGAGCCUUCGUACAACGCUGACUGAAGUUCGGGUCACACAAUGCGCUGCUGUCAUCCAUUCAGUCCAUACAUGAAAUGUGAACGUCGAGGGGAAAUCAUGUGUUCAUCAAUGACUGUAUAAAUAAAUCAGGCAAGCACCUGUUUAGCUGAGUCAAUUUUGAGUUUAUUUUGAACUUUACUGUGGUGUAAGUUAUUAAAAAGUAUUGAAUCAC